AUGUGACGUUGUUUUAAUCAUGGUACCGCUGGGGAGGGGAAGGGAAGAAAGUGCUAGCAAUCCGAAUUUCAGAUCUAUUCGGCUUCUUCACUGCACCGGAAGCUGCAGCUGCUCGGCUGUGCCGCGGCUGUGAGCGGGGCUGCGGGAUCAUGGGCGAGAAUGGCCCCCACAGGGAGGCCAUGUACUUCGAGGUGGAGGUGGACGCCCUGACGCAGCACGACGACGACGACGACAAGAUGGCCGACUUCGACAAGGAGGACGACGACGGCGACCUGCUGCCCUCCACGUCCACCUCCGCAUCGGGCCGCGUGUACGACCGCACCACCGUGCUCAUCGAGCAGGACCCCGUCGGCCUGGACGAGGAUGAGGAGGACGACGAGGAGGAGGAGGGCGGGCACUGCGGGCACGGGGGCGGCGGUAUGAGCUUCCUGGCGGAGGGCUCGGAGGGAGGCCUGACCUUCAUGGUGGACCCUGACGGCAUGUCGCAGGGUUAUGUGCAUCACACCAUCUCGCCCGACCAGAUUCAGUUCAUCAUCAAUCCCGGCUCCACCCCUAUGCCACGGAACAUAGAGGGCGCCACCCUCACCCUGCACUCGGAGUGCCCGGAGACCAAGCAGAGGGAGGUGAAGAGGUACCAGUGCAUGUUUGAGGGCUGCACGCGCACCUACAGCACGGCGGGGAACCUGCGGACGCACCAGAAGACGCACCGCGGGGAGUACACCUUCGUGUGCAACCAGCAGGGCUGCGGGAAGGCCUUCCUCACCUCCUACAGCCUGAAGAUCCACGUGCGCGUGCACACCAAGGAGAAGCCCUUCGAGUGCGACGUGCAGGGCUGCGAGAAGGCCUUCAACACACUGUACAGACUCAAAGCACACCAGAGGAUCCACACGGGGAAGACGUUUAACUGUGAAUCGGAAGGAUGCACUAAGUACUUUACCACGCUCAGCGACCUGAGGAAGCACGUGCGCACGCACACGGGGGAGAAGCCCUUCCGCUGCGACCAUGACGGCUGUGGUAAGGCGUUUGCUGCCAGCCACCACCUGAAGACGCACGUGCGGACGCACACAGGAGAGAAGCCUUUCGUCUGUUCCAGUGAUGGCUGUGAGAAGACAUUCAGCUCCCAGUACAGCCUCAAGAGUCACAUCAAGGGUCACGACAAGGGUGUGCCCCUCAACCACUCCUCUCUGUCCGAAGAUGCAAAUCACUCUCUAUGCCUGAGUGACCUGAGUCUCAUCUCCACAGACUCAGAGCUGCGCGAGAACAUUCAGAACUCUCAAGGCCUGGACCUGAACAAUGUUACUCCCGUGCGGAUAUUCGAGCUGAUGUUCCAGAGCCCGGAAAACAGCGUCAGUCAAGAUGAGGCUCCGCCUUCAGACGGGCUGGUGGAGCCGUUCACCUUGGAUAACCCCGCCCCUCCUGCCGUGUCGGACGCCAGCUCCCUCCUCUCCCUCCCCCUGCCGUUCUCCUCCUCAUCCUCCCUGACCACGCCCGCCCCAGAGACCCCCGCUCAGCCUGCGCAAGGCCCCGCCCCCGGCCCCGCGCCCUUCGUCGCCACGCCCAGCUCCCACACGCCGGAAGUGCCUGCCCCGCCCCCUGCUCAGCACUACCUGGCCCUGCAACCGACCUUCCUGCCGCAGGACCCCGCCCCCGGCCACGCCCAGGCCACGCCCCCCGCCGUCGCCACGGCGACCACCACCGUCGCCACGGAGACGCCGCCGGCGCCCCCGCUCCCCGCGGCGGCCGCCACAGUGCACACCGUGCCUUUAACCGCCAGCGCCAGCCUGACGGCCAGCCCCACCAUCACCAUCGCCCCCCCCCAGGGGCUGCUGCCGCCCAGCAUCGUCAUGUCCGACCAGAACCUGCAGUGGAUCAUCAACAGCAGCACCGGCGGCACGCAGAACCCCGAGCAGCCGCAGGGUGCAAAGGUAGAGAAGGUGUUCUUCACCACUGCCAUUCCUGUGGCUGGAAGUGCAGGUAACUCGGUGCAGCAGAUCGGGCUCAGCGUGCCCGUCAUCAUCAUCAAACAGGAGGAGUCCUGCCAGUGCCAGUGCUCCUGUAGGGACUCCAAAGAGAAGGGCAAGAGCUCUGCUCCCCCAGACCCGCCCACGGACCCGCCCCCUCCCCCUGCCCCUGGCAACGCCCUCGUCAACAUGGACAUGUCGGAUUUCCUGUCGCUCCAUAGCCCGGAGACGCCCGGCAACAUCGAGGCGCUGCUGCUCGUCCCCGAGGACUUCCCCAUCGGCGGGGGGGGGCCGGGGGGGCGAUGGCUCUGCCCCUAG